UAGGAGUAAAAGAAAUGUGUCAGAAUUGGAAGAGACACAGCCUCAACAACAACUACAAGGAAAGAAUAACAAAAGCAUUAUAAUAAAAAUCGGCCAGUUUUGUUUACCACAUACAAGCAAAAGUUCAUAGAGCAACAUCGCUGAUAAUCGCUGUCGCUGCUGCUGCACAAACAAAUGCUCAGAGAUCAGUGUCUGAAUUGGUUUUCAACUGAACAGAUCGGCAAAUCAAACAGUUUACAAUGUUUCCGCCAGUCAAUUCAAGUUCAGGCUAUGAGCCGUGUGUAAAAUUUGCCCCAUCUCAAUUGUCAUCGAGUGAGAGAAGAACUAAUGAUAUUGGUUUGGGAUCAUUGAUUGAAAAUCUUACGGCCCGUCAAGAGUUCUUCUAUGGCAUUGAGAUAUCAGCAUUGACAGCAAAUCAACCCACCUGUUUGGAUUUUAAUGAAUUUUUGCCAACUUUGCCAGCAUUUGUCAGCUUAGUCUGGCUGGGAAUUAGCUACUGGAAUAUACCAAUGGAUGAGAAUUAUUCUUUGCAAUUGGCCAAACAUAUGGAAUCACAUAUACCAGUCUUGGCCCAUUUGUCGGCCUAUCGUAUGACUGAGGAGCGUUUAAAUGAAUUUCUAGCUAAGAAUUUUCGUAAUGUUCUAAUUGUACGCGGUGAUGAGAUACAUGAGGGUCAAAAAUUUACCUACGGUCGAGAGAUGAUUGAAUAUGCAAGACAGCAACGAAAAGCAGAUAACCUAUCGAUUGGUGUACCCGGCUAUCCUGAAGGUUAUCAUAAAAAUCCCAUAAAUGAUCCCAUACUCAAUAUUCAAUAUUUGAAGGAAAAGAUCUCUGCUGGUGGUGAAUUUAUCAUAACCCAGACAUGCUAUAGUUCUCAGAAGAUUAUUCAGUUUAUCAACGAUUGUCGGGAAGCCAAUGUUACAGUGCCCAUUAUAAUUGGUAUUAUGGUGCCCGAUUCUGUAAGGAAUUAUCAUAUAGUGAAGAAUAUCACAGGCGCCCGAUUGCCCAAUGAAGUGAAUGAUUUAAGUGUUAAUGCCGAUGAUAUAUUGAAAUUCUUUGUAGAUCUGACUGUGCGUAAUAUACGUGAUAUAUUCACUGCUAAUUUGGGUAUACAAGGUAUACAAUUUUUCACCAUGAAUCGUUUUAGACCUGUGCAAAUGGUUCUCGAUGAAUUGCGCACAUUAAAGAUACUUCAAUAAAAUACAAAUAAAAAAUGGAAAGGAAACAAAAAUAAUGCAAGCUCUCUCUCGACAAGUUUGCCAUUUAUAUGUCAUUGUCAUCAAUGUCACUCAAAAUUUGCGAAAAUGCGUAGAUAUUUUUGAUGAAAUAAUAGAAUUGUUGAGUCAUGGGCGGGCCACCUUUUCUUUGCUUCCUUUUUUUUCCUAACCUAACCCUGUUUCUAACCAAGGGUUGCUUUCGCACUCGAACACAAAGAAACACACACACUCACACACAUUAAAAGGUCUUUUAACAAAAACAACAUUUGACAUUUGUAACUUGCGGUUGAUCAGCCAUGAAGAAAAGGAUAAACGCUGCUUGAUGCCACACACACACACAACUCAGAAGACGACAUACUCAGAGAGAAGGUGACGGUGACAUAAAAUCCUGAAGGGGUUGCUCGCCCCGGUGAUGACGCAUUAGGGCAAGGGCUACGCCUCAUCAUUGCCACCAACAAAUCCGGCUAGUUAUUUUUGCAGCUGCUAGCUGAAAGCUUGAAAAAUGAUUUGCGAAAAUAUUUUGCUCCACCGCUCCACCAUCCCCUCUCAUCUCGUCAAGCAUCUUCCCGUUAACAUUUCCCUGGGGAGCAACACACAAAACAUA